UCAUACUUCUGCCCAGCACAGCCCACGCACAAGCCUAACCGACGAGCUCCUGCAGUCCGCCGCCCCGCCGCGUGCUCCCGACCUCCGACCUACCCCUUCCCCCCGCCGUCCUGCGCGCCCCGGACACCGUGCUGCUGCUGCCCGCUGGCUGCCGCCAUCGUGGUGCUGGCCUCCCCGGGCUAGGCCUCUGCACACCCUGCUUCCACCACCGGGCCCGGAUUCCGCUGCGUCCAGCCGCACAGGAAUUCGCAUCGCCGUCCUACUCCCCGGCCGGCCGUCGCCCUGCACUCGAGCUUAUUCAUCAGAAGAGAUGGGAGAUAGAGAAAGGCGAAUGGUGUUUGUCACAGUAGGGACGACAAGUUUUGAUGCUCUUGUCAAAGUGGUAGAUUCUGAGGAAGUCAAGCAAGCACUACUUCAGAAAGGUUACACAGACCUUCGGAUUCAAAUGGGCCGAGGAACAUACAUGCCAUCCAAGGCGUCAGGAAAUUCGAAUCUUCAAGUUGAGCAUUUCACCUUUUUACCAAGCAUAGCUGACAACAUACGAGAAGCAUCCUUAGUCAUCAGUCAUGCAGGUUCUGGCAGCAUAUUUGAGACGCUGCGACUGGGCAAACCUCUUAUCGUCGUUGUGAAUGAAGAUCUGAUGGACAAUCACCAAAGCGAGCUAGCAGAGGAACUGGCCGAGAGGAAUCACCUUUUCUGUGCCCAUCCACAGACGCUGCGAGAGACCGUUGAGGCAAUGGAUCUGAAUGCACUCCAGCCUUACAUGCCAGGAGAGGCGAAGCAGGUCGUGGCACUGAUCAACGGAUUUCUUGGUUUUCCCGUCGAUCGAUAGUCCGUGUUUUCUCUUCAUGUAGAUGCACUUUAACAAAAUACUGAAAUGAAGCUAUUACGGAUCCAAAGUUCAGAGUGUAGAUGUUCCAGAGGACUUUUUUGUAUUUUUUAUUAGUAUAAAUGUCUUCUGCGCAAAAGAAAAGAUCUUCUGUAUGGAACCAUCAGACAGACGUGCUUCGUUUUAAACUUUUUUUUAUCCAUGCAAUGGAACUGGAAGGUGCUUUGCUGAUUC